GCCACCGUCAAGAACAUCAUCAUCAGCUGUAAGUGUCGAGAAACUGUUGUUUACCUAUUGUUGCGAGCAAAAAAGUCCAAGGAUUCAGAUAGGUUAGUGUUAUUUAUCAUAUUUAAAGACCUGCUGGAUGAUGAUGAGAGUGGAUAUCAAUCUAGAUAUGGUGUGGUGAAAUGUUCAUCAAAAUACACUGACGCCUAAAUAGUUUGACAAAAUGGGAAGAAAUAUUCUAGCUAGUAGUUUGCAAAAUGCGUCGUUCAGCAUCGUUUUUCAGAUGCAUCACCUUUGCCAUUAAUGCAUUCAUCGUACGAAAUGUUGGUCGUGAUGUGCUUGGUAUCACUAAUGUACGAUUGCUUCUGCUGGAAAGCACUCUAUUGUUUUUAUCUAAAGAAGCAAUCUUUAGAGCAGCUUUAAGUGCAAAGCACAAUAAACAAUGUAACUGGGCCCAGUUGAUUAACCAGUUGUGGAUAACCGUGCCAGUAUGUUUUGCUCUAUCGAUCCCUUGUCUAUAUAUAUGGCUCAACUGGCUUUCAACAGUAGAAGAUAAUUUCUACGAUCAGUAUCGUUUUGGAUGUUUCGCGAUUGCUUUUGCAUGUGUAAUUGAAUUGACGGCAGAGCCACCUAUAUUUAUCUCCCAGGUUUUCUGUUUCGUAAAAUUGAAGGUGGUGAUGGACACUGCUCACAUAUUUAUCCGAUCGUGCGUAUUCAUCACGAUAGUGCUGUUGAACAAAAACAUCACAAUUUAUGCAUUUGGAAUUGCGCAGAUUAUCAGCGCUAGCACCAUUAUUAUUGGAAACUAUCUCUUCUUCUAUUUAUAUAUUCCGCGCCUGCUAAAGUACCGUAAUGAGUUGAAGCGGGUUGAUGAUAAGUACGAGUUGCGAAAGUCGUAUGGAAAUAAUUACGAGAACAUGGAUGAUUUCCCGUUCAAUUCUGUUAAGGACAUGCUACCAGCGGUGUUGCCAAAUUCGAAUUCACCAUUCAACUCAGAUCUGCAAACGCUAAUUUUCAGCUUCGCGAAGCAGGGUGUCCUGAAGCAAGUUCUAACGGAAGGGGAAAAAUACGUCAUGUCCAUUAGCCCAGUUCUGACAUUCAGCGAACAAGCCACCUAUGAUGUAGUGAACAACAUGGGAAGUCUGGCGGCUCGGUUUAUCUUUCGACCGAUCGAAGAUAGUAGCUAUUUCUAUUUCACUCAAACGAUUGCUCGUGAUAUAGAUCUUUCGAAUCAAAACAGUGAUAAAGUUAAGGAAGCUGGUCUAGUUUUAUCGUACGUGUGUAAGACGGUUACCUCCAUUGGUUUAUUGGGUUUUAUAUUUGGACAAAGUUAUUCUGGGACGGUUCUGCUGUUAUAUGGUGGGAAAGAUUUUGUGGAAGGUGGUCUGCCAGAGGUCUUAUUACGGUGGCAUUGUUUAGCGAUUGUACUCCUAGCGAUCAAUGGCAUUACUGAAGGGUACAUGUUUGCGACCAAUACCUCAAAGGAAAUCGAUACGUACAACUAUUACAUGGCAUUCUUCUCAGUGGCCUUUUUGAUGCUAUCAUAUCAGCUGACCAACUGGAUUGGCCCGGUUGGAUUUAUAUUGGCCAAUUGUUGCAACAUGGCAUUUCGAAUCAGUUAUAGUUUGUAUUACAUCCGUAAUCAAUUCAAAGCAAUCAAACAGAACCCGUUGACAAAUUUUCUUCCGGGACCUCUUUUUUUAACCAUCCUGAUUGCUUGUGGUUUCAUUUGUAAAAUAUCCGAGGCAUACUUCCGCGAUCGAUCCGUUAUGUAUCAUAUAAUUAUUGGAAUCCUUUGUACUGGGAUCAGCUUACUCACGUGGAGUUUUGAAAAUCGCCAGCUUCUACGGACUGGGAUGGCGAGAUACCGAGAACGGAAGACGAGUCUCACCGGUGAGACGAAUUGAUCGAAUUCCCACCACAAAAUGCACAAAUAUUCCGUAACUGGUAGACAGAUACAGUUUUAGAAGCUGUGCAAUUGGCUGUGUUGUUAAAAAGUCGUAUACUUAAGGUAUAUUUAAAUUCCUGCGGUUGAGCAACUUAGUUGUUGUCUUGAAAUAAUUAAUAUAAUCAGUUUACCAAGUGAAUUUCAUUGUCAUAUCAGUUACAGUUUGUUUUAGUCCUUAUAGUAAAAAUAGUUGUGUGUUUGUUUGAUAUACCAAAGGAGGGCACAUUUUUUGCGUUGAUUUAUUAUUCAGUAUAUUGCACAUCAAAAGUCAUGUGCAUUGAUAAGUGUUAAAAAUUUCCGACUGAGAUGACUAUAAUAAACGAGCCUAUUAUAAAAAAAAACUUUUAUCAGAAGACGGAAA